GCCGUUGCGUGGCCGGAGCGUCUGAUGAGCCCGACGGUCCCAGGAAGCAGCGCUGCUUAUUUCAUAUUUUAUAGCGAUAAAGACGGACGAAGCGCGGCAUUUUGAGGUCAAGGGGUACAAAUGAAGACCGUAAAAUAUUUUUAAAUUAUUUCAGGUUAGGUUGCUGGCAACGUCAGGGGACUUUUGUUAUGAUUUGGCGUUAAUAUCGGCGAUGUUUACUGUGCAGCCUGAGAAGUUCCUCUGAAGGGUGGCCAAUAACUGGAGCCUCUAGCCUUCAACUGCCUAAAUAUUAGGCAGAAAAUAGGGGGGGAAACACACAAUAUAUUUCUUUCUACUGGGUCGUGGGGUGGCGGCAAGCCAAUAAUUGACUCUGGAGCAGGACACGGAGGAUAGUAUGGCCAUGACGGGAGGGACUGCAGCUGCCCUUCCCAUGAGCAACCACACCCGAGAGAGGGUGACUGUGGCCAAGCUGACACUGGAAAACUUCUACAGCACUCUGCUCACGCAGCACGAGGAGCGCGAGAUGAGGCAGAAGAAGCUGGAGAAGGCCAUGGAUGAAGAGGGUUUGCCAGAUGAGGAGAAAGUAAUGCGCCGCUCGCAACACGCCCGAAAGGAGACCGAGUUUUUGCGACUGAAGAGAACGCGGCUCGGCUUGGACGACUUUGAGUCCCUCAAAGUUAUUGGACGAGGUGCUUUCGGAGAGGUCCGUUUGGUGCAGAAAAAAGACACAGGUCACAUUUACGCCAUGAAGAUUUUGAGAAAAGCAGACAUGCUGGAGAAAGAACAGGUUGCCCACAUCCGGGCAGAGAGGGAUAUUCUGGUGGAGGCGGACGGCGCCUGGGUGGUAAAGAUGUUCUACAGCUUCCAGGACAAGAGGAACCUCUACCUCAUCAUGGAGUUCCUGCCUGGAGGCGACAUGAUGACCCUGCUGAUGAAGAAGGACACCCUGUCAGAAGAGGCCACCCAGUUCUACAUCGCAGAGACGGUUCUGGCCAUCGACUCCAUCCACCAGCUGGGCUUCAUCCACAGAGACAUCAAACCAGACAACUUGCUUCUGGACUCCAGGGGACACGUGAAACUGUCAGAUUUCGGCCUGUGUACGGGACUGAAGAAGGCUCAUCGCACAGAAUUUUACAGGAACCUGACGCACAACCCGCCCAGUGAUUUCUCCUUUCAAAAUAUGAACUCCAAGAGGAAAGCAGAAACCUGGAAGAAGAACCGGAGGCAGCUGGCCUAUUCUACUGUGGGAACGCCAGACUACAUUGCUCCUGAAGUCUUCAUGCAGACGGGAUACAACAAGCUGUGUGACUGGUGGUCUCUGGGUGUCAUCAUGUACGAAAUGCUCAUCGGUUAUCCUCCGUUCUGCUCUGAGACGCCGCAGGAGACAUACAGGAAAGUGAUGAACUGGAAGGAAACCCUUGUCUUCCCACCUGAAGUCCCCAUCUCAGAGAGGGCCAAAGACUUGAUACUAAGGUAUUGCACUGAUGCUGAGAACAGGAUUGGAGCUGUGAGCGUGGAGGAGAUCAAGAGUCAUCAGUUUUUUGAGUCAGUGGACUGGGAGCACAUCAGGGAACGGCCAGCAGCCAUCUCCAUUGAAAUCAAGAGCAUCGACGACACCUCAAACUUUGACGACUUCCCUGAAUCAGACAUCCUUCAGCCAGCCAGCGCAACGGAGCCGGACUUUAAAUCGAAGGACUGGGUGUUCCUCAACUACACAUACAAACGCUUUGAGGGUCUGACUCAGCGAGGCACCAUCCCCACAUACAUGAAGGCAGGGAAGGCCUGACACGCCGAACCAGGGAGACGCUGUUGUGGGGAGAAAACAGACGUUUACGGACACAGGGUCGGGCCGUGGAGCCCCCGCUGGUGCUGAAGGCUGCGCCCGUCAGCCUCUCAGUAUAAAUUUAACCCUCAUCACAAGUUAUUUAGGUCUGCUCAGCCUCCGCAAGAACCGCCAAGAGCUCGGAAAUUAAGGAGCGUUACCGCAUUACCUCGGUUGUUUAUAUCGUAUACACGUGCCGUCUUUAGCCAUAGCUCUCAGGCCAGCUCACUAACUAGGACACUAAAUCAGCAUAUCUGCAUGUUCAGCGGCAUAUCGCUUCUGGAGAGGAUUUUUUACUGCCUAAAAGCAACAGUGUGGAGUGAGGAUGGAUCUUCACAGCGGUAGUUUCUACACUGGUGGCUAAAUUAGCUCUCAUGCAAACAGGAUUUCUAUUACUGAAGAUGAGCUCUAUACACUGUAGUCAAACUCUGAAAGAUUAGUGAGUUAAAGAGGUAGCCCUCACUUGUUCUCACCCAUACUGUUAUACUCUGUUUAUGGACUUUAAAGGAACGUUCCAGCAUGGUUUCCAGGGUUUUGGCUCACUUUUUGUUUUGCACUCCCACUGGCAAAGAUGGCAUUUAAAAGCGAAGAGGGGGACAAAAUCUUACAUUUCAAUCUCUUGGUUUAUCUGUUGGCUCGACUGGGUUGUGUGUAACAGGAAGUGGAGCCUGAACCCUCAAAAUCUGCUAUAUUAUAUACUGGAAUAUUCUUGUUAGCAAAAUGCUAGUGGAUCCCAAUGGAAGCUCAAUUAGCAUCAAAAUUGUUGCACUGUAUUCAUAUGCUUUAGGUUUAUAGACACAUUUUAGGCCAUGCUAGCAGUGUAGCUCUGGAGAUGGCAAUGUCAGUCCAUCACUUUGGCCCAGAAUGAAAUAUCAUUCAACUAUUGGAUGGAUUGCCAUGAAAUGUGUUCCCCUCAGUGUGAUUUGUGAUAACUUUCAUCGGGUCAGAAUAACAGUUUGUUCAGCACUCUGUUGUUUAAUGACCAAAUACCUCUAAAACUAAUGACAUUUCCAUCAGCUGUACUUUGAGUUUAGUGCAAAUUAGCAGAUGUUACCAUGCUAACAUGCUAAAUAAGAGGGUGAACCUGGGUAACAUCAACAUGUUAACAUUGUCUGUGGAUGUUUGUAUGCUGAUGUUAACUCAAAGCACAGCUGUGUCUAAGUGCAGCCUCAC